AUGUUAACAACGAUUGCAUUCCAUCAAAUUUUAGUCAAGCCUUUACAUUUGAGCUCAUAUGAUCUUAGUGGCGACAAUGUGAUGACUAUCACAAGCGACGCUGAUUAUAAAAUAGACACAUUUAAUAAAAUUAUUGAGAAAAAUGUACAAAAGUUCAUCAUUAGCUCAUCAGCAUCAGUAAAAACAUUCAAUGGGUUUAACUGUAUUACAGAAUUGGAGAUCCAAUCAAGCUCUUCGACCGAGAUACCAGAAAAAAUGUUCUUUGGAAGCAGUUUUAUUCAAAAGGUCACCCUUCCAUCAAAUAUAAAAUCUAUCAAAGAUUACGCAUUCGCUUUUUCAUCAAUAUCAGACAUAAAUCUUGCAGCUAUUACUUCCAUUGGAAACAACGCCUUUGAAGGCUGUCAUAAGUUAACGUCAAUCUCUUUCGAUCAAGAUCCUGAAUUUGGUGAAUAUGCAUUUUCCGGAUCAGGAAUUACUUCAAUUAGAUUGAAAAAUUGUCCACAGUUUUUAUGCAGCAACUGCUUAAGCCUUACUGAAAUUACAGUAUUACAAACUUGUAUAGCUAUUGAAAGCAACGCAUUUGCAUAUUGCACACAACUAUCGACACUUAAUUUUGAGGCAGGAAUUACAAUGCUAUCAAUAAGUGAAUUUGCAUGA